CCCAAUGAUAAUCAUGUCCCUCCAUCAGAUCAUGGGCCACAUGGACGUCAUUGGGAUCAUCGCUGAUGGCUUCAACGUGUACUUCCCAAUGAUGAUCGUAGCGCUGUGCCUCGCCACCUACUACAGCCUGGGGUCGCGGCUUCUGUCUGCCCUCGGCUUCCAGCAGUUCAUUGGAUCCGACAGCCUCACCACUGACCUGGUCGACGAGGGACGUACCCUCAUCAACAGAGAAUGUCGACGACGUCAAAGACAGCAAGAAUCUGUAGCCCGACGGCGAGAAUUUACGCAGCGCUUUGGCGUAGGAGAGAACACAAGUAGUCUGUACAGGUCUGCCCGCCAGCGAGCCGAGGAGCUCCUGAACCGCCCCUCCCGACAGACAGGCGCACACGAGGCCGCACAGAUGGAGCUGCUCACCUCGACGACAAAUGCCCUCAACUCCUCAGACUCGCCCUCUCAUCUCCCCCAUGGGGCUUCGUCGCGUGACUCCCCCUCUCGCCUCCCUCCCAACCACGACUAUGGCCACUACAGCUCACCUGGGUUGGCCCACUACACCAGCAGCGGCCAGUGGGGUUCAGCAGACGUGUCGCCUGACGGGUACGGGGAGAGCCAGUUCAACAGGCCGCGACCUACCAACAAGGCGGACAAGGGGCUCUUCGACGACAUCACAAGUGUUGACACAAGUCUCUGCAGUCAAGACAAGAUGGGGAUGGGACCUCUCACUUUUGAGAUUGUCCUGACAUUUUUUAUAGCAGCAUCUGUGCUGUACCGCUAUGGCAACUGGUACCGGCACCACAUCCUUGUGACUGUGGCUGUGCUUAUUGCAUGGUACUUCUCCAUGCUUAUAGUCUUUGUACUCCCCAUUGAUGUGUCAAAUACAAUAUACGAGACGUGUGUUGAGGAUGUGAAGGUGUCCCAAUCCUCCCCUACGCUCACCAAGCAAGCAGAGGUCACAGUGCCUAGCGUGUUGUCUAAAAGCAUAAGAUCCCCACUGAGUUCUGCUUUAGAUGCUCAUUGGACCAACUCUAAAUGGCACUCUGUGCAACGCAGAUCUUUGCCUCUCAGUGACCAAGUUGGUAAUCUUCCCACAAGGCUACCUCUUCUAGUCCCUAAUAAACCAUCAAUGAAUUCCUUGCAAGUGAAGGCAAGUGAUGUGAAGCCUUCUAAGCUGCCACCUCCUGGUUAUGAUGACCAAAAGGUGUUAUCAGAUGCUUUGCGUCAGAUGCUCAGUGGCAUAAAUUCUUCUGGUGCUCACAAUGCUGCUAGUACCCCAAACAAUCCUGUGGAUGCUACAAAACCUGCAAUAAUUAUCCAUAAAGCUCUGAACACAACUGAGGCAGCUUUGGAAUUGAAUGUCAAUGGAUCCGCAAACAUCACGAAUGAUUCAGCAGAUAACUCUACGACACUGGAUUACCAUGAGGCUCCAGUUUUCCGCUGUAAAGAGCCAUGGAGUCGAGUCAAGCCUGGUGUCUUCCCAGCUUUCUGGCGUGUCAUCUAUUGGACAUCCCAAGUGCUUACAUGGCUGGUGUUACCGCUGAUGCAGUCCUACACAAAGGCAGGGGAGUUUACCGUAUGGGGGAAGCUGCGUUCAGCUCUCAUUGACAAUGCUAUAUAUUACGGCUCCUACCUGCUCAUCGUUGGCGUCUUGCUGCUGUACAUCGCCCUCCGACCUGAUGUUUAUUUAGACGGGUCGCAGCUUCGCGCCAUAGCAGCAAGCGCGUCCAACACAUGGGGACUGUUCUGGCUGGUGCUGCUGCUGGGGUACGGGCUGGUGGAGGUGCCACGGUGGCUCUGGAAUUCCGCCUGCCCUCAGUUCAUGCUCAACCAGGGAUACUUCAGGAGUGCCAAGUUGUCCCAUGAGCGAGCUGAGGCCUGGGACCAUCUAAACGACCUGCUGCAGUCGCUCCAGAGCUUGGGGGCCUGCAUAGGGGGCAACCACCCUCUCCGCCCCCAUCUGGACACCGUCGAGUCUCGCGUACCCGCCGAGCUGCUGGACCGCAUGCGGCGCACUGCCCCCCAUGACGCCCCCCACGCCGACGUGCCCUCUGAGAAGGCCUUGGUGCGCCUGCACAAGCAGUUGCUGAAGGCGCUGCAGCACCACAACCGCGUGGAGACGCAGUGGGCGCUGAUGGUGGAGCGGGUGAUCUUCCUGGAGGACGCGCAGCGCAACUCCUGCUCCCACGACACCCACUUCAAGCACAGCACACCCAGGGACCGCGCCCAGUGGGUCAACUUCGUCUACACACCCACUCUGGAGUGGAUGUGGGUGUGCCGUGUGCGGGGCUGGCUGCUGCGUGGUCUUGCUGUGGUCGCGGCUGUGGUCAGCGCCGCGGUCGUGUGGUCCGAGCUCACCUUCUUCAACCAGCAUCCUACUCUGUCCAUCUUCGCCAUCAUCGUCAACCUGGCCAAGUCUAACUAUGACUACAUCACUAUUGAAGUCAUCUCCACACUGACGAUGGCGUACAUCGCUCUGUGUGCGUACUCUACGCUUUUUGCUGUACGUGUACUCAACUUGUACUAUCUGGCGCCGCACCACCAGACCGACCAGUACAGCCUCAUCUUCUCAGGUAUGAUGCUGUGUCGCCUCACGCCUCCCAUGUGCCUCAACUUCCUCAGCCUCAUCCACAUGGACUCGCAUGUCAUCAGUGUGCACACGCAGGAGACCCACUACACGCAGAUCAUGGGCCAUAUGGACGUCAUUGGGAUCAUUGCUGAU